AUGACCGACACCCCGGCGCCCGCGAUGGACGUGGACACGGCGCCCGGCGAGGGUGCGCCGCGCUUCCAGGUGAAGAAGGCAGUGCGCCAUCUGCCGCAACCAGAUCAUGGACCUGUGUACGUCGGCCGCACUGACGCAGGCAUCGAGUGCCAGGCGAACCAGGGAUCGACGACGAUUGACGAGUGCACCGUCGCAUGGGGUGCCUGCAACGUACGUGGCGCCACUCACGCAGCACGCCUUCCACUUCCACUGCAUCUCGCGCUGGCUCAAGACGCGGCCCGUGUGCCCGCUGGACAACCGCGAGUGGGUGCUGCAGAAGUA